GACGAGAAAGUAAUUGCGGAGGUGAGUGUGUCAUGCAAGUCUGAUCGCUUGAAGUAAAUGAGGCAACUGAUUAAAAUUAACUGCAUUUUAAACAUCACUUCCGAGUCUCUAUAAUAACGACACUUUUGGUGAAUGUGAGAGGAUGGUAUUGAAAGAGAUUCCAACUGACAAUAUCACCCGCCCUUUGGGCAGGAAUGAGGUUAUAGGUUUACUCUUCCGCCUUACUAUAUUUGGUGCCGUCACCUAUUUUACAAUAAAGUGGAUGGUGGAUGCUAUUGAUCCAACAAGAAAACAAAAGGUCGAGGCACAAAAACAGGCAGAGAAACUAAUGCGACAGAUAGGAGUGCAGAAUGUCAAGCUUUCUGAAUAUGAGAUGAGCAUCGCAGCUCAUCUUGUGGAUCCAUUGACUAUGCAUAUUUCAUGGCGUGAUAUCGCUGGCUUGGAUGAAGUCAUAACGGAACUGAAAGACACAGUUAUACUUCCAGUCCAGAAGAGAUAUUUGUUUGAAGGAUCCAGACUUCUUCAGCCACCUAAAGGAGUGUUGCUGUAUGGGCCUCCAGGAUGUGGGAAAACUCUAAUCGCCAAAGCUACUGCCAAAGAGGCUGGAUUCCGCUUCAUUAAUUUACAGCCUUCCACUCUCACUGACAAAUGGUACGGAGAAUCCCAGAAACUAGCUGCAGCCGUGUUCUCUCUGGCCAUCAAACUACAGCCUUCUAUUAUCUUCAUUGACGAGAUUGAUUCCUUUUUGAGGAGUCGUUCGAGUUCAGAUCAUGAGGCCACGGCCAUGAUGAAGGCUCAGUUCAUGAGCUUAUGGGAUGGACUGGAAACUGACUUCAACUGCCAGGUCAUAAUCAUGGGAGCCACCAAUCGGCCACAAGAUCUUGAUUCUGCUAUACUGCGAAGAAUGCCAACACGGUUCCACAUCAAUCAGCCAAGUCUCAAUCAGAGAAGAGAUAUAUUGAAACUGAUCCUGGAAAAUGAGAAAGUGGAGUCCGCUGUGGACCUCAGUGAAGUUGCAAAAGACACCGAAGGGUUUUCAGGAAGUGAUCUCAAGGAGACGUGCAGAGAUGCCGCACUGCUCUGUGUGCGUGAUUUUGUACACAACAAUGAUGAAAGCGCAGAGGAAGAUUGCAUCCGUCCUAUCAGGCAAGACGACUUGCAAAAGGCAAUCCUCAAGAUGAAGAAGUCCAGAUCCGCAGGAGUGCAUGAGGCAUUUAAGCAUGUACCACUGGACUGA